CCCAGGCACGCUGCAUUGGCCCCUUUAGCCAUUAAGAAUGUCUAAUCUUGGGCCUAAAAAAGGGAGCGCUGCCAAAAUAUGCCUGAAAUGCCACAAGGACCUGAACAAAUCUUCCUCUCGAGCGGGAGGCCUGUGUCAUUGCUGCAGUGCCGGAUCAGGAAAGGAGCAAAAGAAUCAGAAAGGCAAGAGGGAUUCACACACAUUUGGCAAUGCAAAUGAAGUGAUGGAGGUAGAGGCUACAUACAGUGACUUCAUUUCCUGUGAUCGUGCUGGUCGAAGGAACGCUGUCCACGACAUCCAGGGAGAUGCGAGCACUAUCAGCAUGCGCAAGCUGGCAGGCAACAUAAGUGAGCUCUCAAUUGAAGGAUCAGAAAACCAGGCAGGUGCCACUUCCUCUGAGAAGGAACCAGGAACGAGACCAGAGGGGCGGGAUGGCAGCACUUCCUCAUGAGAGCAAUGUUUAUGAGGGUGGGGAAGGAUAGGAGGAAAAAUGAACUGGAGACACCACACAGGAAUAGUCCAUCAAUCUUUUGACAAGUGAGAAUGACACCAGAAGAAUGAGCUCUCCCUUACAUGUCUCUGCUGUGACCACUGUUUUCACAGACAUCUCCAGGGUGCUCUGCAAUGGGCUAGUACCUCCAAAAGAACUCUGCUCCUGUCCACAACAGUUUAGACAAACACUGCAGUGUUUGUAGUGACAUGAGCCACUCUCAAGAUGCCUUAGCAGCAAGUUUCCUCUAUAGGGAAACAAGAUUUCAGUAAUAAUAUACACACCAGACUUUACUAAGGUACAUAUUUCUUACUCUGUAAAUUUAGACUUAUUUAUUCUCUGUUACCAUAAAUUAGACGUUUAGGUGCUUUCCACACUCUACCUUUUUUCUGCAUCUAUUUAGAUUUGAAUUGGCGGCUGGGCUGCCUUUGCAGUCGCCCCAAGUCAUGGCAAUCAGCUGGGAGUAUUGGCAAUUCCUGUUCCAUUCACACUGAACACUGUUAACCUGUGCUUCUGCCAUGUGGCACUCAGAAAAGGACCAAAGCUCACACGUGUGGACAAACCCCAUUCACAAACUGCAGCACCAAACCUCAAACCUUUUUGGCUGGAUUUUACUAUUUUAAGAUACCGUUAAUAGAAGAGGCUUGUUUUGUUUUUGACCAUUGACAAAGUUCUGACUAAAUUCUCAAGUUCUAUACAGCUCAGAGGUAUUUAUUUCUGGAAAAGUUUCACACAUUCUUUCUUAGGAGACAUGCUUUUGUGUUAAAACUUGUUUGAUAAACUCUAUAAGCUUGUUGUAAUAAAUAACACAUGGCUCUUAGCUAACCAA